GUUGGAGGUGUGGCCAGCAUGACUAGAGUCCACUCAACAUGAGGAACGAGUAGUUUCAGUUCGUUGUUUUUCAUUGUAACGUAAAUGCACAGGCGAUAAUAACAUUAUGAUGUUUUGAUGUAACUCUUCGAUUUCGUAAUUUAAGCUUGAACUCUGUUAAAGUGGAGAUAACAAGGCGGAAGAGUGCGCACCUGCUAUUGAGAUGGCUGCUGAAACACCAGAGGAGAAAUCAUUCGUUUUUGAUAUCCUAUCUAAGCGCCACCAACUACAGUUAUCAAGUGUUCGACACAAGACCACAAUUCAGUAUGCUACACGGCCUGAUCUACCAAAGCUGGCCUACAGGAAACUGAAAGGGAAGAGUCCUGGAGUGGUUUUCUUGCCUGGUUUUGCCUCACACAUGGGUGGACAGAAAGCAGAAGCAUUAGAGGAGUUCUGCAAGUCUUUGGGUCACUCAUACCUCAGGUUUGACUAUUCUGGCUGUGGGUCAUCUGAAGGGGAAAUGGGUAACUACAACAUUGGUGCCUGGAAGAAGGAUGUACUCUAUGUACUGGAUGAACUAGUAGAAGGGCCACAGAUCCUGGUGGGCUCCAGCAUGGGUGGGUGGCUGAUGUUGCUAGCCGCUCUUGCACGUCCAGAGAAGAUAGCUGCUUUAGUGGGCAUCUCAACCGCUGCAGAUCACUUUGUCACAGCCUUCCACGCCCUCCCAAUAGAGACAAAGAAGGAGAUAGAGGAACAGGGCUUUUGGAAAUUCCCUACCAAGCACAAUGAAGAGGGUUUCUACACUCUAAGCUUGGACUUCCUGAAGGAGGCGGAGAACCACUGCAUACUCCACAGCCCCAUCCCUGUUUCCUGCCCCGUUCGUCUGAUUCACGGCCUCAAGGACUCUGACGUACCCUGGCACGUCUCCAUGCAGGUCGCAGAGCGGGUACUCAGCAAUGACGUGGAUGUCAUUUUUCGCAAACUUGGGCUUCAUCGCAUGUCAGAGAAAGAUGAUAUUAAGCUCAUUGUGUACACGAUUGAUGACCUUAUCGACAAAUUGACCACAUUAGCGUGAAGAAUGAGUGUGAGGACAAUGUGAAAGAUGGACCAGUUGGGAUGGGGAAGGCAGUGUACACAGGUGUCAGGUUUCUGGAAAAUGGAGGUAGAUGUUAUAGUGAUGGAAACCAAAUGAAUUGAAAGGGAUGUCAAACAAAAGUGAAAAUUCUCAUUUCUUUUCAGAGUCAUAGGACUUUGUUUCCUGGAACACCAUACAGUGGCCAGGUGCUGCCAUGCUCCCAAAAUGAUAUCUGACUCAUGCGUUCUUCCUUCACCAGUCACCUGAAGCCAUACGAUAGCUUUGUUUAAGGGACAGGCCAAAAUUUAAAUAAUUUUUCACUGAAAAUCUUGCUCGGUAGCUCCCAAGUAGAAAAUUCCUCAUAACCCAAUGCAACGUGCCAAGUUUGAAUGUGCACAAGUACAAAUGAGAUUUAAAAGCUUUGAUGGGGCAAGAAUUUCAGUGAUUAAUCACUUCAGUAACACUUUACAAUAAGGUCUUGUUUGUUAACAUUAGUUUACGCAUUAACUAACAUGAACUAACAAUGAGCAAACUAUUUUUUUUACAGCAUUUAUUAACUUGUUCAGAGUGCUUUAGCUAAUGUAAAAAGAUACAACUUUUGAUCUAUUAUAUUAGUAAAUGUUGAGAUUAAUAUUAACUAAGAUUAAUAAAUGUUUUAGAAGUAUUGUUCAUUGUUAGUUCAUGUUGUUAACUAAUGUUAACAAAUGAAACCUCAUUGUAAAGUGUUACCAUCACUUCAAUCUGCUAAACCUUUGUAGACAAAGCAACAAGAACUCCACAUGCGUCUUGCCUUGAUUUUUAGUAUAGUUUCCUAUUUUAAUGUGAUAAUUCUUGUAAUUCUAUAACCUGUAGGGCCUUGUUUUGUUUUCAAAGUCUUGCAAGUAGCAUAACACCGUCUUUCAUUUAAUUUGGUGAGGAUUUGGUUGGACAGUAGCUGACAGUGUCUGUGCCUUGCAUGUCUUUAUCACUUCCAGUAUAACACAGUUCUGAACAUUGUUUUUCCUCACAUCUUUAGUGUUCUUCAAUCUACCAGUGAGUCCCUUUUAUCAUGUUGGAGUUUUAAAUUGGUUUCUCCUGCAUGUUAUCUAAUGUGUGGAUCUUUUCAGCAUUCAGCACACCUGAGCACUCUAUAUGAUGAUGACAAUAUGCAGAUUCUAUUGUGAACUCGGAACAAGAUUGUGAACGGUCUUGGACGAAGAAAAUAUUAUAUAGAUUUUAUCAUAGAAGAAAAGUAGUCUAAAAUAAGGCUUAACAAACAGCAAGAUUUGGUGUAUUUGUGUUUUGUAUUUGGCACCAUUUUUGUUGUGUGUACCCUACAAGAAUUUUUUUUUUUUUUUAUGCAAAAACGGAAGGGAAUGGCUAGUACUUGCUUUUAAUAUAACAAGGUAAUCAGUUAAUGGGACAAAAUAUCUAAGCAUUUUGAAUCACUUUGAGUUCUCUGUUUUGCGCACAGACAAUGAAUAAUUUACAAGUAGAACACUUUUUUUGUUGUGCUACUGACUACAAGAUCAGACUAGAUUGAUGAACAACACAGUAGUGUUAUAUAAAGCCUUUAUUUGGAAUGUGAGUGUAAACACUAGGACAGUUUUGCUGAUUUUUUUCAGUUUGACCUCUUUGUCUGUUUCAACACCUGAUUUUUCUCCAUGCACUAGUGCAUUGAUGCAGCCACAGAACAAUAAUAUCAGUGUCUAUCUUUCAAGAGCCUCUUUUCUCUUCAAAUUGUUCUCGUUUAAUAUAUAUACUCAAAAAUACUAUAUAUUUUAUAUCUCUAUUUGAGGUUUUUUUAUUAUUAUAUGUGUUUGUUAGAGUAUCCAUUAAUAGUCUGAAGGUGAUUCUUCUAGUGACAAAGGUUUUGUCUUCCUUUUCAUUUUUUUUUGGGAUUGAUGCACUAAUAUCCCCACAUGUGGAUUACCACAAGUAUUGUCACCCUUCUCUUCGGUUUGUCAGCAUUGUGCUUGUUUUAUUAAGUCUCAUUUAUUAUGUACAUGUAGGCCUUCCAAGCCAACUUUCUGUUAGCUCAUAUUAAACAUUUCAAAAUGUUAUAAAAUUUAAAAUGCAACAUAUGUGUCAUGUUUUCAAAUAUAUAUAAAUCUAUGUCAUGUAUAAAAAUAGGUCUUUUCACUAUUAAACUGGACAGUGAGAAACUGCAA